AUGUUGAGUUUCGAGGAAUUCGAUGAUAUUAUCUAUGAUGUGGAUGAAUAUUACCUUUAUUACUCGAUUCCGUUGUGCUUAUUGUAUUUUCGGAUUGUAUACAGUAUAUUCAACCAUUGUAUGCAUCAUAAUCUUCAUUUCCCAAUGUUCACGGGGAUUAAUGGAGUGCUGGUGAGAAUGGAGUUGGGCUUACAUUGUAGUAGACCAUCUGAAGUUGUAAUGGAAAGACUAGCUUAUUAUAGGACUCAUAAUUGACUUUAACGUAUUUUACUGCAUAAGCAAUCUAUCACUCUAUUUCGAGCCUUUAUAAUAAGAUAAAUUUGCUUACUACAAUAUAUGAUUUUCCUCAAAAAACCCAUAAAAAUCUGAAUUUCAGGACAUUUCACUCUUCUUCUUGGGGAAUUUCUUUUACCGCUGGCCUCAUGAGAUCAGAAGACCUCAGGGAAUCUACAAAUACUUUAAUGAGAACAGCCAUUUCAUUGGAGUUUUGUACUUUCUGAUGAGUGCUUUUCAUUAUUCACUGUUUCUUUCAACCCUAUUUAUGGCGUUCCAUGUAUUCUCACAUGUCUUGUUCAGAAAUCAUUGGCAUAAGGUGAGAAUUACAUAGAAAAAGAGACCUUGCAAAAUACGGGUGAAAAAACAGAAAUUAUCAUCAUAAAAUUUUUGAAAAAUGUGUGGACUACAGAUGCCAUAAAGAGCUCUGAUUUUUUUCAUAUUUUUCAAAUUUGGUUAUUUAUUCAAAAUGACCACAAAUACAGUCCAUAUUAAACUCAAAUUUUCAGUGGUGGAACAACAGUUUGCAUCGUUACGUUGCAAAAGUCUUCUUCAUCCCAGCGUUGAUGUUUCUUGACAUGGCUGUCUCUUCAGGGUACUUUCGUUAUAUCACCGACAAAGAAGAGUACUUCCUAAUGCUGUCCUCGCCAUUACCUCCAAUUAUGACCAGAAUUCGAGGACUCUUCUUCUUGACGGUUGUUCUGGCGCUGACUUUUAUUUUACUGCUUAUAACAGCUUUGGCUAUAACAAUUACUUUAAUUUUCACGAAACGGACGUUGGUAAAUCAUGAAUUGAGCAAUUAUGGAGUGGCAGGGGUCUUUGCAUCUUGUCGGUUGCUCUUCUUGUACUAUCAGGUAUGAAAAUCGAAGAAAAAAAGCUUUUUUUACCGAGUAUUUUACAGUAUCUGACCUUCGAAUUGCGCGCCACCGCUCAAAUGAAUCAACUUUUUAUCUUGGGCCGCAGUUUCCCCGUCUGGAAUGACGUCAUUUGUUUGAGUCCUGCCCUCUUGACACUCAUAAUUAGCAAACCCAUACGACGUCUGGCCUUCCCGGCCUUGUAUUGGAGAAAACAUCAAGUUCAUGUGGAAAAAAUGGAAGAAAAAGAAGAAAAAAUGGGCGAAGAAGAAGAAAAGGAAGAUGAAAAAGAUGGCUCAGAAUUGAAUAAAAAAGAAAAUGAAGAAGAAAACGAGGAAAAUAAAGAAGAAAAUGAAGAAAAAAUAGAAGAGAAAGAGGAAAAUGACCAAAAAAUUGAUAAGCAAGAAGAAAAUUGCCAAGAAAAUGAGGAAAAUAAUAGAAAUAAUGACGAUGAAAAUGCUCCAAUCUCCUCAGCAGACUUUGAAAUUGCCAGGAGAACUUCAAAAACGUCCGAUGUUAUCCAUCAAGAAAACCAUCAAAGUAAUGAUCAGCCUAUCACGGAUAACAUCGAAAACGUCGAGGACAGGGCGAAUUCUAGGACUAGCCAGCCUAUUAUUAAUAGAGAAGUAAGUAGAUCGUAUUUUAAACAGCUUCUUUAACAUUUAUAUUUAUUAUACAUGAAAUUUGAGUGAAAAAUCAAACUUUUACAAUUUCCCCUCUUCAGAUUCCAACAAUUCUCACUGAAAAUGAUGAAGAGAAGCCGGAACAUGCGUCAGGAAGCGUUACUCAACGACUGGACGAUCACAUCCAUCAUCAAAAUUUGGAAAAUGAUGAGAAAACAGUUAGAUUUGAUAUGAAAUAA